UGAACACCUCAGUAUACAGAAACGGAACCAGCUUUGUUGAGUCCCUUUUUGAGAAGUUUGAUUGUGACCUCGGGGACCUGAAAGUUGAAUUAGAGGAGCAGAAGAAAGAGCCAGAGUCAGACCACACAGAACACAUUCCCUCUAAGCCAGUAAGAAACCUUCUUUCAAAGGAUUACCGAUACUGUUCUGCACUGAAGCAUUCUUCCUUAGACUUAACACUUAUAUACACAGUAUAUACAGUAUAGUGCAAUAUUAUCCUGGAUAUCAGUGUGUAAAUGGGGCGUUGCUCUUUGACACUAAGGUAUGGCAGGAAGAUAAAUCACACUGCUGUGAAACCUCCCUUUCUCCUUACAGCUGCAUUGCAAAUUCAGGGCCAAGCAGUUAUCUUUAAGUCACGUCACUAUCAGCCCUUCACCUGGGUCCCAAUAGAGCUAUGAUCUAUUAUUAAGAGAGCUUCUCCAGGAUUUUUCAUUGUAUGUGUCACUGUGUUUGUGUGUCAUUAUUAGCACAAUACUCCUGAAUGGACACUAUCUGAUGGAUUUUUCAGCCAUCCCUGCUGAAAAUAUCAGCAUUGCUGGUCACCAGUUUAUGUUUUGGUUGCAGACAGACCAUGCUGGUCAACCAGAGCACAAAAGAUUCUCCACCCCCACUGCCCAACACACCACCUCCAGAGGAUUACUAUGAAGAGGCCGUGCCACUCAGCCCUGGCAAGGUGCCAGAAUAUAUCACUAGCCGCAGCAGCUCCAGCCCUCCAAACUCCAUUGAAGAUGUAUAUUAUGAAGAUGCUGAGAAUGAUUACCCAACCACGCAAGUGAACGGACGACGCAAAAACUCCUAUAACGACUCAGAUGCCUUAAGCAGCUCUUAUGAGUCAUAUGACGAGGAAGAGGAGGAGAAAAGCCAGCGUUUGACGCACCAGUGGCCCUCAGAAGAGAACUCCAUGGCCCCGGUGAGAGACUGCCAUAUCUGUGCCUUCCUUCUGAGAAAGAAACGUUUCGGCCAGUGGGCCAAACAGCUCACUGUCAUCCGUGAAAGCAGACUCCAGUGCUAUAAAAGCUCUAAAGACCAGUCGCCCUACAUGGACAUUCCACUCAGCCUGUGCACGGUCAUCUACGUGCCUAAAGACGGGCGAAGAAAGAAGCAUGAGCUGCGUUUCUCUCUUCCUGGAGGAGAGGCAUUGGUGCUGGCAGUGCAGAGCAAGGAGCAAGCCGAGAAAUGGCUCCAAGUGGUGCGUGGCGUUACAGGUCAGGGGAAUGGGUUGGACAGCCCAUCAUCUCCCUCGAUUCCUAGGAAGAAUGAACUGGAUAAGUGGCUGUCUGUGGAGAAGCAAACCUCAGAUUCUGAUAGUAUGCCAAGUGGAGAAAGUGCCCAGGACAGCCGAGAAAAUGGUAAACCUAAGCGAGGUGCACUGUCAGAGCUUACAGGCACUGUAAGCCGAGCAGCAGGAAGAAAGAUCACAAGAAUCAUCAGUUUCUCCAAAAGAAAGCCACCACUACCAGGAGGCGGCUGCACCUCACUUGACCAGGACCCUCGGUGUGGUUAUGUGGGUGUGCUGGUGAAUCAGUGCUGGAGGGAGCACUGGUGUUGUGUGCGGGCCGGAUCUCUUUACCUUUACCAUGAGAAAGGAGACCAGCGAAUCCCUCACUCUACUGUGGGUCUCAAAGGUUGUGAAGUUGUCCCAGGCCUGGGGCCUAAACACCCCUUUUCCCUUCGGAUACUGAGAGGAGGCACAGAGGUGGCAGCUUUAGAGGCAAGUUGCUCGGAGGACUUGGGCCGUUGGCUGGGAGUUCUGUUGGCUGAGACCGGUUCCUCUGCUGACCCUGAGUCCCUACAUUAUGACUAUGUAGACGUAGAAAUGAUUGCCAACAUCCGCACAGCCGCCCGUCACUCUUACCUAUGGGCCACAUCCACAGACUCAAGAACAUAUGAUGAGGUCCCUUUUGAAGCCAUGGAGCAGGAAAAUGAGAGGCUGAGGAGAGGAACCCAAAUUAAAUGUCAUUCUUUCUCCAGCAGUGACCCAGGAAAGCCCAGUCCACAAAUCACCCUAAAGCGUUACGGCUCCAACUCAAAUCAGUACGGGAGGUAUGGAAAAACACGGGCACUGGAGGAUGCAUGCCGCUACUUGAAAGAAAAAGAGGACCUGGAGACAGAAAUAGACAGUAUCAGAAGUGCACUGGUCUCCCUGCGGAAGGACAAACGAGAGGCCAAAGAGAAGAUGAAGGGUGCAACAGAUAAGCAAAGGUUGGCUUUAGAGGAGCGUGUAUCCCAGCUGGAGGACAGCUGCCAUGUGAAAGAGAAUGAGCGUGUAGAUCUAGAACUUAAGCUCACUCAGGUGAAGGAAAACCUGAAGAAAUCUCUGGCUGGUGGAGCACUGGGGGCACCUGCAGAAUCUAAACCUACAACCAAGACUCAAAGGACUGAGACUCCGUAUAUUGAGUCAUUUCUACCGGUCAACUGUGCCUCAGAAAUGCGCAAGCGGCCCCCCUCCAUCUAUGCAUCCACAAAGGGAAAUGUAAUGCAGAGAGCCAAGGAAUGGGAAUCCAAGAAGGGGAUACAAGGAAACUGCUGAUCAGGAAAACCUAAAGACUUGCCAUGUCAAGGUUAAGAGAACUUUUUCACCAACCUGCCCAGACUCAGAUUGCUGUAUGCAAGUCCUUUGACUAUGGUAACUACCACUUAUGACCUUAUAAUUGAAUUACAAUGACAAAGCAGCAGCUACUUUUUUACAUUUCCAGUAAAAAGUGAACAUAUGCCCUGGUAAAGCUUUAUGAAGAAAUUCCAUAAUGUUCCAGCCACAAAACAGUGGUAUCAGAGGCAGAAGAAUGAAUACGGGAUGAGGAACAAUAGUUUGUGAGUUGCAAGUGCAAGGAAGAGUUAUGUUGGAAUUGAAAGCAGAUGGAAAUGCAUGUGUAAGCAGUCUUGAAUUUAAGAGUUGUCUGCUAUGUAUAAAGUUUUUCCACUGUUCUUAAUAGCUUUUUAUAUAUAUGUACUUAAAUCCCUGUGAAUCCUGUGCUUAACCAAGUGGUGCUAUUAACAAUGUACAUGAGACAAAUUGUUAAUAUGCUGAAACAAUCAUUACAACAGCAUUAGUUUAAAAUUCAACUAGAUACAAUUGUUUUUAAACCUAUUGUUUUCCCUUUUUACUGCUUUUAAUGUGAGUAACAUUUGCACUUUAAUGUCUUUUGACAUGGAGAUGGAAUAUUCUUUUAAUAAAGGUCUAAA